AUGGACUCUUCGAACGAGCAGGACGAUGACGCCAGGAACUGGUCUAUUGACCGAGUGGUCCGCGAGCUGUGUCACAAUCCAACACCUUGUUGGUCAGCUGUGGUCCAACGCCAAGUUAUGCCUGACCAGCAGUUCCUAGAAGAUGUCAUCCGCCAGAAUCACUUAGACGGCGACAACCUCCUUGCUCUAGACAUGUCGGUGCUGAGGGAUGACUUGGGGCUCGCAUCGUUCGGCCAAAGAAGAGCCAUGAUGAAAGUCAUCGACUAUCUUCGAUCAACCUCACCAAGCUAUCAACAGAUGGCUUUUCAGGCCGAUGGUAUGGCAAGAAUGCAGUCAGAAAUGUAUACCCCUCAGCUUGUGCAGUCAAGGACGCCGAUGACACACAAGUCGCCCUCGUACAUUGGACUUGGCGUCAUACCCUCUGUCGAGCCUCGCUUGCCAACUCGCUCACCCUUCCUGAAGUCCAUUGUCGAGCCGCAGGCUAGUCACGAACCACUGCCCCCGAUGACCAAAUCUCCUUUUGGUGAGUAUGCUCCAAAAUCUGGAAGCCCGCUCGCCACGGUUGCACCACAAGCAACGAGACCAUCGCCUUCCACAAAUGCAACAGAGACUUUCAUGGAAAGAAGUCAAGCAGCUCCUGCGACAGGAAUAUCCAGACCUGGAAGUCUCGAGGCUCGCUCCACGGAAGCACGGCGACCUCAUCAGGAGCCUCCUCUUAUCACCACUCAAAAGAAGAAGAAGAAAAUAGCCCCGACUUCUGUUGCCCAGCAGCAGGAAGUAGUUGUUGAGGCAUCUAGUACCUCAUACUUGCCACGAUCGGCCAUGCCAUUGCAGGAUAUGUUCUACCAUAAGAUCUCCAGUGAUUUUGGUGACACUUUUUAUCGUCCUCUACUGGACGAGUCCACUACCUUUGUAACCGGAGGUCGAUAUCCUACUGGUCAAAGACUGAACGUUGCUAGCCACAUCAGGCACUUCUUCCGGCAGAGUGUGACAAAGCUACCCGGUAAUGGAGCCCUCGUCAAGAUACCCUAUCAACUCUAUCCUCCAGGUCGAGGGUUUAAGCCACAUUCAGAAUCAUACUUCACGCUCUUCAAACAGAACGGCGACCAACCUCGGGUUUUUCGUGCUCAGGACUAUCCCGAACUAAGCAAACUUGGCGAACCCGAUGGGCCUGAAGUACAGCUCGUCCCUAUCUCUUCCAAGGUUGACCCAUUUGAGCAGAAGCAAGAUGAACAAGCUGGCUGGACCGACUUUGACUAUCUCCUUGAAAAAUACCCGGUGGAAGAUUCUGAUCGGGUCCUUCCUGUUUAUGGUGAUUCCAGCGACGAGGGUGAAUUAGAUGAGGAAACCUGGGCAGAAAUCGAGGCCGAACAACUUGAAAAGAACAAGGCCACCAAAGCGCUGACAGCGGACGAGGUAAGUGCCGUCAUUGAUGAAGGGAUCAGUGAGAUACGACAAGACUGGCGGGACACAAAAUUGCCAAAGAUCCAAUUGAAAGCCUACCGCAUAUGGAUGGAUGCUGCCAGAAGGAAGCAGCGUCUUCAAAAGCUGAACUAUCUCAAGCACGAAAAAGAGCGUUUUGACAAAAUGAUCAAGAAGAUCAUAAAGGCCAUGAUGGACGAUAUUUGGCAUAACGCCAAUGAAGUCAAGAAGCAGUGUCAAAGUCUUGAAGCUUCCGUCCAUCAACAAGAAGAAUUUUGCCAUUACGAGACAAUGUUGAGUCAAGAUACUGCCCCAGAGCGUCCCACUAAGCGAGCGUUGAAAGCGGUCCGGCCACGUCAGCAGCCAGUCCUCGAAGAUGGCGAGGAGCUUAUCAAUUCCGAUUCAGAGCCAUUCAGCGAGAUAGAAGAAGACUUUCUGGUCGACGAUUCAUCCGAAGCGGGUUCCAUUCACCAUGAACCGGAAGCAGAGAGCUGGACUCCAGUGAUACCUAAAGUCACGAGAGAUGAAUUCAAUGCCACUGAACUUAUGCACAACGCUGAUCACAUCGACUCUGACAAGAGGCCGUCAUUAGAAGCUGACAAAAUUAUGGACACCACUGAUGCCCAGGCAAAUGAUGCAGAUAUCGAAACAAGUGAUGAUGAGGUUAUCACACCUGCGCGGAGGAAGCACUUGAUUCAACACUCAACACCACGGACCACUAACCCUAAUAAUGUACUUCGAAUCCCUCCAGACCCAAGUUCAUCGACUGACGAUGACUCGGAAGACGAUAAUGCGGCUUCUAAUAGGCCAUCACGUCUUUCUCAGACAAGUGCCAGACGUCAAGGUCGCAGGAAGUCAGAGUAUGUGGACUUAACAUUCUCCAGUCCUGAGCGAGGGUCUAAUCAAAGUGCUGUCGAGGACAGUACGGAUUUUUCUGUCCAUACUCCAGAGCUUAAUCCACUCCCAAAGACCGAGCCACUUGGAGCUUCAAAGAAGGAGAAAUCUGGUUCGCCAUCUCUGACUCAGACCAUGCAUCGUCUGUUCGAUGAUGAUUCUGCUUUGCCGCCAGUUCAGGAUGUGGAGCGUAUGCGUCACGAUAUUGAAUGGAAGCACCUCGAGCGACUUGCCGAUGAAUGUAAGCCUGACAGGCGCCGAGCACUUGCAAAAGCCCUCUAUGAAUUGGACAGAGACGUGAUCAGCAAACUGAAGAAAUUCUUGGAGACUCUGACCGUGCAUAGCCGCCAAAGUGUUUUGGUCAAUGGUUUACUUGAACUUGGUGGCGAUGACCAUGAGAUUCAAGGCGUCAAAGCGAGAUAUCAGCCGAGCGCCCAUACGUUGAUACUUCUCUACAUCACCUUUGUUUGUGGUCAAAAUAUGUUUGAAUCGGCUUCCAACCUUACGGAACGAAGCCGUAACGAGGCUUACAACGACAUUGACAAAACGUCGAAACACUUCUUUGAACUUCUGUCUACUUUCAUAGUGCUCUUCGAAAAAGACGAUCAGCAGCAGCAAAGCUCACUGGAAGGCACAAAGAAGAGGAAAAGACAUCAAAUUGAUUCCCCGGUGGAGCUUGUGGAUGACAGCGACUUCCCUCCUACUGAUACGUCGACUGAUCAAUUAGAGCUUGUAAUUCCAGGCUCUGCUCAUAAAAAGAGAAAGCGCAAAGUUGAGGAGAGUCAAGAAGCGAAGACUUUGCAGAAGAGCGAUCAACUGCGAAUUCAGGAGCAAGAGCAGAGGCGUCAAAAAAUGGCGGAGAAGUUCGCUCAGAUGACAGCAGAAGGUCAACCAAUAUUGGCUCCCAUAAACACUACAGAACCUUACAUCCAUCUUCACCCACAUAUUGCGCAACGUGUCAAGCCACAUCAGCUGAAUGGCAUACAAUUCAUGUGGCGAGAGAUCAUCGACGACCCUAAGCAUCAGGGUUGUAUAUUGGCGCACACUAUGGGACUAGGUAAAACAAUGCAGGUGAUAUCUCUGCUCGUCACGAUCUCAAUUUGCAGUCAAAGUGACAACCCAGAAGUCCGAUCUCAGAUACCCGUUCACCUCAGAAAGCGCAAAACACUCAUCCUUUGCCCCGCCACGCUCGUGGACAACUGGUAUGAUGAGCUAUUGAUGUGGACUCCUGACCCGAACAUCCUAGGCACGAUCUACAAACUUGACACUUCGAGUUCAAAGAUGAUAUCUGACUGGGCUCGAACCGGUGGACUCUUGCUUGUUAGCUACGAACGUUUCAGACGCAUCGUGGUUGAUUGUCAGAAAGCUAAGUUGGCCAAUGUUGUCAAUAUAGACCUGGAACGGAUUUUGCUGGAUGAGCCGACUCUUGUCGUUGCAGACGAGGCCCAUAAACUAAAGAAUCCUCUCUCGACCACGAACAAAGUAGCAAGUCAGCUAAAAACCACAAGCCGAAUCGCUCUGACGGGUUCGCCUUUGAACAACCAUCUUGAAGAAUACUACACCAUGGUCAACUGGAUCUCCCCUGGCUAUCUAGGGAACCUUGUGCAGUUCAAAUCAAAAUACUCUGAACCGAUAAUUGCAGGACUCUACGCUGAUAGUACUGGUUUCCAGAAGCGUUUGGCACUCAAGAAACUUCACGUACUAAAGCGAGAUCUGGACCCUAAAAUAAAGCGGGCAGACAUUUCUGCGAUUGCCAAGGACAUGCCUCCCAAGACGGAAUUCUUCAUCACUCUACCUCUCACUGAUAUUCAGACAAAGGCUUACAAUGUCUACGCCACACACAUGUCCGAGUUAAUGCAGCAGAAAAAGGGAAAUGCAGCAACCGCCAGUAUCUGGUCCUGGAUGAAUAUGUUGUCAUGGCUUUGCCAUCAUCCGUCAAUCUUCCUAUCAAAGAUGAAAGAAAGAGCAGAACUCGAAGUGAGUAGACAAGACAGAGGAGGUCAAACCAGCGGUGUUGACGAUUCAUCUUUGUUGCUCGAGGAUGGAGAGCUAUUUGCAGCCGACGAUCUCGACGACAAUCCCGAACUUGACAACAACCUCGACCUUGACAACAAUCUCGAACUUGACGACAAUCCUGACCUUGACGCAACUGGUCCCAUGAGUGAGGCUUUACAGAGAGUUCAGGACAUUAUGAGGGACUUGAUCAAUGACCCAGAACUGAUGAGAGAUCCCUCUCUUUCCUAUCGCACUCUAGCAGUCAAGAAACUCAUCCGACAAAUCGUAGCAGUGGGUGACAAGGUGCUCAUCUUUUCGCACAGCAUCCCUACUCUAAACUUCCUCGAAAAGAUGCUGAAGAAGAUGAAGUGCUCGUACUGCCGACUUGAUGGAAGUACUAAGCUGUCUAGCCGGCAGGCUGCGACAAAGGCGUUCAACAAUAAAGACACGCAUCAAGUGUUCCUUCUGUCCACAAGAGCUGGGGCAUUGGGAUUGAAUCUCCAGGGUGCCAAUCGAGUCAUCUUGUUUGACUUUGGCUUCAACCCAGCUUGGGAAGAACAAGCAAUCGGGCGAGCGUACCGCCUCAACCAGAAAGCGCCUGUUUUUGUAUAUCGCUUUCAAGCUGGUGGAACAUUCGAGGACAACUUAUUCAAUACCUCCAUCUUCAAAACGCAACUUUUUGGCCGAGUUGUCGACAAAAAGAAUCCCAGGAGGCAGGCGACGAAAAAGUUUGCCGAGCACCUUGCUCCCGUGAAAGAAGUCACAAAACAGGACUUUACGGAUUGCCAGGGGAAAGAUCCAAAUGUUCUUGAUGCUAUCAUUAAGGAUAUGGACUUUAUUUGCAAAAUCGUCUUAACUGAGACUUUCCAGAAAGAAGACGAUGAGAGGCUCAAUGAAGAAGAGCAAAAGGAGGCCGAGGCUGAGUAUCAAGACCAGCAACUCCUCCGGCAGGAUCCUGUUGCAUAUGAAGCGAAGAAAAGAGCGGACGCAAGAAAGGCCGAAGCAGAUCGCGUGGCCAAUUAUGGUUUCCCAGGAAAUUUUCAGGCUUCCAACGAGGUGAUGCGCUUUAGUACGCUGGCUCACAACCAUUAUCAGGCAUCGCGGGGACCUUCGAACACGAAGGCGUCCACUCCGACAUAUCCCAAUGUACCACCUCCUUUCCACCGUCAGGAUCUAGAUCGUCCUCGUUCAACGGAGAGUGCUCCUACGACUCAGUCAGGAUGGGCAUAUGAUGAUACGUUCCGCGAAAUUCUCCAGCACACGGAUCCGAAGACGACCUCCCGAAGUGUCGAUGAUGGAGACGUGCCCAUGAACGGUCCGACCCGGUAG